AGGUCGGUCUUGGUGCAAAGAAGACUGACUGCCUGGUGUCUGUCAGCCCCACCAGCCGACUUCUCUCUGUUGGCCUUGUCUCCUACAACUUCCCCAAAUCUUUACCUGCAUCUUGACCCAUCUGGACAAUGCCCCCCAAUCUCACCGGCUACUACCGCUUCGUCUCACAGAAGAACAUGGAGGACUACCUGCAAGCCCUAAACAUCAACAUGGCUGUGCGGAAAAUCGCGUUGCUGCUGAAGCCAGACAAGGAGAUUGACCAUCAAGGCAACCACAUGACAGUGAAGACCCUCAGCACCCUCCACAACUACGUUCUGGAAUUCGAGGUGGGAGUUGAGUUUGAAGAGAACCUCAAGAUGGUGGAUGGACGGAAAUGCCAGACCAUAGUGACCUGGGAGGAAGACCAGCUAGUGUGUGUGCAGAAAGGGGAGGUCCCCAACCGAGGCUGGAGACAUUGGCUGGAGGGGAGAAGCUGUAUCUGGAACUGACAGCCAGGGAGGCGGUGUGUGAGCAGGUCUUCAGGAAGAGCCGAUAACUCAGAGAGCUGAGGGCCUGCGCCAGAAGGUGCCGCUUGAUCCGUGUGCCCCCGUCAAACCUAGAUGGCCUCAGCUCCUCCGGUGUCUUCCUCAGGCCACUUCCCUCGGGGCCUGCUCCCCGUGUUAAUCUGUAACUUGCAGCCCCUGGACCAAAGUCCUCCUGGCUCACACUGCGCCGCCCCACAAUAGCCACCCCCCAGCCGGUUCCAGAGAGGUAGGCAAACUGGAUCGGGGUCAGGAGAACGACCUUCUCCUCUCUCCCACGAGACCCGUGCUUUCCUCCUAAGAGAGGACUCGGCUUUGGACAUUUCAGGACAGGACAAUUCCGUCCUGCUGAGCCUUUUGGGAAAUGGCAACUUGAAUUCAAGAAUUUAAAUGGGAGCUCCCCAUCACUCCAGCCCCCCCACCCCCGCUCCUGGUCCUUCUCCUCAAGAAAGUCCUGAGUGGUGUCCCAUGGCUCCAACACCAUGGCCCAGGCUUAUUCCGGCCAUUGAUCACUAAAAGGAGCCUCAGAUCUAAGACCAUGGGCAGCAGGGGCUACCGUUUCCCCUGCAGGAAGAGGGGGAGCAGCUCGGGACAGGGGGACCCAAAAUGGAACCCACUGCCAGAGUCGAUUCGGAUUCCUAACAAACCUACAGGGCAGGCUGGAGCUGCGCUGCGGGGCUUCCCAGACGGCACAUCUUGGCGGGAGCGGACAGCCUCCUCCUUCUCCCUCGGAACGGGGGUGGGUUUAGCCCACCACGGCCGACCAACACUGAACCCUCUGUGCAGUCGAGAUCCUCGCCACCCACCCCCACAGGGCUCCGCCCAUUCCACGUUUACAAACAUCUGAACACGUCCCGACUAUCUUAGACUUCCGUCCGUCGCGCUCAGAAAGAAACAGGGGACAGGCGGAACCUGGACACUGCGCUCGGGCCUCACGUCUGCAAGGCCGGAAAAGCAGGAGGAGAAAUCAGGGCCCAGGGAUAGAAAGAUGAGCGACGUGGGGUGGGCGGAAGGCGGGCAGUGGGGGACAGGUCAGCAGGCCUGGCUAUAAGGACCCUCUCCUUAGAAGCCAGCAAGGCUGGAGAAAGGGGAAAAGGGGAGAGCGUCUGAGGCCAGCAAAGGCCCCACUCCUAGGGUCCUAGAGUCCCUGUCCUGGAAAACAGCCCAGAAGGGUGGGGCAGCCUCAGGACCAGUGCCAGUUCCAGCCUCUGACCUCCUCCCACCUUCAGGGCCAGUGACUCUUGGUUCUUUCAGAAUAAAAGCCUGUUGCAAAA